AUGGCUCUUUUCUGUAAGAGACUUAAGCACAAAUUCGAUGUUCAUCUUUUCUUGAAAGAUAGUAACAUUGUCUCUGGCUCCUAUGGCCCGAGCUCGCAUCAGGCGGUCUCCCUCUUCCGCACAGUCGCCGAACGUGACAAGGUCUCAUGGACCGCCCUCAUUGACGGCUUCGUCAAAAACGGACUCCUCGAAGAAGCCCUGCACCACUUUCAAGAAAUGCAGCUGACGGCCCAGAUUGUGCCUGAUUAUGUCAUGAUUAUCUCUAUCUUGGCGCGCUUGCUCAGGGCAUGUGGGUGCACCGAUCUUGGCGCGCUUGCUCAGGGCAUGUGGGUGCACCGAUACGCGAUGAGCCGCGGCGGCGAUCUCUGUGGUAACAUUCGGGUAGCUAAUUCUUUCAUUGACAUGUAUUCUAGGUGUGGGCGCAUUGACCUCGCUUGCCAGGUGUUUGAUGGCGUGGAUACCUCUAGAAGGACAAGGGUCACUUGGAAUUCAAUGAUUGUCGGAUUCGCCAUCAACGGCUGCUGUCGGCUUGAUUGUUUUAGUGAAAUGCAGAAGAUGGGUGUCCAGCCUGACGGCGUUACCUUCACCGGAGCUCUGACUGCUUGCAGUCAUGCUGGUUUGGUCGAUGAGGGACUUAACUACUAUAAACUUAUGCAAAGGAAAUAUAGUAAGAUCCCGAUGAGAAUUGAGCAUUAUGGGUGUGUGGUUGAUUUGUUAGGCCGAGCUGGGCGGCUAGAGGAGGCAAUGGACUUGGUGGAGAGAAUGAUGCCGGUGAUGGGUCCGAAUGAGGUUGUGUUGGGCUCUCUACUUGCGGCUUGCAGGAUGCAUAAAAACGUCGGUUUGGCUGAGAAGUUGAUGGGCUGGUUGGUGGAGCUGGAGCCUGACACAGAUUCGAAUUUCGUGCUGUUAUCUAAUAUAUAUGCGGAUGUCGGGAGAUGGGAUGGAGCUGUGAGAGUGAGGAACAUGAUGAAGUCGCUCGGGAUAAAGAAGAGUCCUGGAUUCAGUGGUGUGGAGAUCGACGGCAAUUGCCAUGAGUUUGUGUCUGGAGAUAGGAGGCAUAUGCGAUCGGAGGACAUAUAUGAUGUGCUAGAACUUCUCAGGUUUGAGAUGAAGAUGCGUCGUUAUGAUGGCUAUGAUUGUGAACUUCAACCAUUUAUCGGUUGAUCAUCUGACAGUGGAUGAACAGAAAGUGCAUUGUUCUCUAUACUAUUGACAACAUAUGGCGAGGCAAAGAAGAGGCCCUCGUUCAAUUAAACAUGUAGAGAUGCAGAUGCCGAUGCCGAUGCCAAUGAAGUGGGUUCUUCAGGUUAUUGCUCGGCAAGUGAGGGGCAGCAAAAAAGGUUUGCAUAUAUGCAAUCCCGAAAGCCGUCAUAAAUACUGAAAGCAGACGUGUUACCUGAUUGAUGGACCGAGGUGUGACCCUGUCAUUGAUACAAGGAUCUAAGAUUGCAACAGAUUUUGAAAUUUCUUGAUGUGGACCUUGGGAAUCUGGUGUUGGAGUUCUCGUCUUCUCAACUACUGCUCACUAUGUAUUUGUGGACUUUCUAAAUCCCACAUUAGUGUAUUUAUAGUCGUCUAAUCAAUGAAGGGUGUUGCUACAAGGAAA